AUGUGGAUCUGGGCACUAGAAAAGUUUCAUUCUGAUGUUGGGUAUAAAGAAAAAAUCAUAGAAGUGAAUUCAAAAAUGGUCUUGGAGAAUCAAUUAUCGAAGUUUGUAUGUGUGAUGACAAGACAGAACAGUGGAAAUUAUUACGCAACAUCUGUAAGAAGCUGUGUACUUCGAUUUGUAAUUAAUGGAAAAUUGAAGACCCUUUCUACAAAAGGCCUUGGUGAACAUGUUGGAGCUGAUGGGUUGACAUUAAGGCUUGAUAAUCAUGAUGCACAAGCUGAGGUUAUCAGCUUACCUAAGAUUAAAAACAUUCUUAAUAACUAUGAAUUUUACUUUACAAAGUGCCUGGUAAUAACUGUAAUGAAUUUUUAUCUAAAGCCAAUGUUAUUGAAUUCAGGUAUUCAAAUUGGAUCUCGUAAUAUAUCAAAUCAUUUGGGAAAAAAAACUGCUAUGCAGUUGUUAAAAGAGCUUGAAUACUCUAAUUCUGUUGUGAUAUCGAUUACUAGACACAAGUUCCAAAAAGGUCUUGCUGCAUAUGAACAACCAAAAUCAGUAAUGCAACACAAAGGCCUUAAUGGAUUUUUCAAUAUGCUAAAACAACUCCUGACAAUUAUAAUAACAAUGCCAUACCUAUUGACUAUAAUGACAAUGCCACCUCUGAUAAUUAUAAUGAACACAGUACCUCUGAUGAUAAUGAAACCCCUAAAGGCUUUAUUGGUAAAUGCAUUUGAUGAUCUUGAAGUAUUUUCUAAUGGAUCAAACAAUGUUUUAACUGAACAUAAUCAGAACAUUCAUGAUACAGAUGAUGAAAGAGAAAAGGACAAGAGUGCAAAAAAGAAUAAUCAAAAAGAAAAGGUUAGAGGUGGUAAAAAGAAUUUAAAAAUCUUGAAUUUCUUGAAAAAUUUCUUUUAG